GGCUGUGCUGACGUCAUUCUGCAGUAGCGGGCAGGGGUGGGAGUGAGAGAGCGUGAGGACGCGGGGCUCGCGGGGGAACGCGAAGGGGCCGCGGCGAGUGCCCCACCUCGGCCGCCCGGCUUGGGGUCCCAGGGCCGGCUCUAUGGCCUAGCGUGCGCGGCAGGCUCCUCUCUGCGGCUUCCCUGCUGCCCCCGGGGUUCCGUCCGCUCCUCCGAGAGCCCCCGCAUCCUCCUCCAAGGUGGAAUAAGCAGGCUUGCGGCUCCCAGGGGACCGCAAGCCUGGCCCUGCCCUGCCGAGCUCUGCACCAUGGCCCUGCUGCUGCUGCCCCUCUUGCUGGCCUUUCUGCACCCUCCCAGCUCCGCUAACAAAGCCAACAAGCACAAGCCAUGGAUCGAGGCAGAAUACCAGGGCAUAGUCAUGGAGAAUGACAACACGGUGCUGCUGAACCCUCCACUCUUCGCCCUGGAUAAAGACGCCCCCCUGCGCUAUGCAGGUGAGAUCUGUGGUUUCCGGCUCCAUGGGUCUGGGGUGCCCUUCGAAGCUGUGAUCCUGGACAAGGCAACAGGAGAAGGACUGAUCCGGGCCAAGGAGCCAGUGGACUGCGAGGCCCAGAAGGAGCACACCUUCACCAUCCAGGCCUAUGACUGUGGCGAGGGCCCCGACGGUGCCAACACCAAGAAGUCUCACAAGGCAACUGUGCACGUGCGGGUCAAUGAUGUGAACGAGUUUGCCCCAGUGUUUGUGGAGCGGCUGUACCGUGCUGCAGUGACCGAGGGGAAGCUGUAUGACCGCAUCCUGCGGGUAGAAGCCAUCGACGGCGACUGCUCUCCGCAGUACAGCCAGAUCUGUUACUACGAGAUCCUGACCCCCAACACCCCUUUCCUCAUUGACAAUGAUGGGAACAUUGAGAACACAGAGAAGCUGCAGUACAGCGGCGAGCGGCUCUAUAAGUUUACAGUGACGGCUUACGACUGCGGGAAGAAGCGGGCGGCGGAUGACGCCGAGGUGGAGAUCCAGGUGAAGCCCACCUGUAAACCCAGUUGGCAAGGCUGGAACAAAAGGAUUGAAUACGCACCCGGCGCUGGGAGCUUGGCUUUGUUCCCUGGCAUCCGCCUGGAGACCUGCGAUGAGCCGCUCUGGAGCAUUCAGGCCACCAUAGAGCUGCAGACCAGCCACGUGGCCAAGGGCUGCGACCGAGACAACUACUCCGAACGGGCACUGCGGAAGCUCUGCGGUGCUGCCACUGGGGAGGUGGAUCUGUUGCCCAUGCCCGGCCCCAAUGCCAACUGGACAGCAGGGCUCUCAGUACACUACAGUCAGGACAGCAGCCUCAUCUACUGGUUCAAUGGCACCCAAGCCGUGCAGGUGCCCCUGGGCGGCACAGCCGGGCUGGGCUCUGGGCCCCAGGACAGCCUCAGUGACCACUUUACCCUGUCUUUCUGGAUGAAGCAUGGUGUAACCCCCAACAAGGGCAAGAAGGAGGAGGAGACCAUCGUGUGUAACACUGUCCAGAAUGAGGAUGGCUUCUCUCACUACUCACUGACUGUCCAUGGCUGCCGAAUUGCCUUCCUCUACUGGCCCCUGCUGGAGAGUGCGCGCCCAGUCAAAUUCCUCUGGAAGCUGGAGCAGGUCUGUGAUGACGAGUGGCACCACUAUGCGCUGAACCUUGAGUUUCCCACGGUCACACUCUACACUGAUGGCAUCUCCUUUGACCCCGCCCUCAUCCAUGACAACGGCCUCAUCCACCCGCCCCGGCGGGAACCUGCUCUCAUGAUCGGGGCCUGCUGGACCGAGGAGAAGUACAAAGAGAAGGAAAAGGGAGGCGACAACAGCACGGAGAGCACCCAAGGAGACCCCUUGCCGAUCCACCACUACUUCCAUGGCUACCUGGCUGGGUUCAGCGUGCGCUCAGGGCGCCUGGAGAGCCGCGAGGUCAUCGAGUGCCUCUAUGCAUGUCGGGAGGGGCUGGACUAUAGGGAUUUCGAGAGCCUGGGCAAAGGCAUGAAGGUCCACGUGAACCCCUCGCAGUCCCUGCUCACCCUGGAGGGGGAUGAUGUGGAGACCUUCAACCACGCCCUGCAGCAUGUGGCUUACAUGAACACUCUGCGCUUUGCCACGCCCGGCGUCAGGCCCCUGCGCCUCACCACCGCCGUCAAGUGCUUCAGUGAAGAAUCUUGCGUGUCCAUCCCCGAGGUGGAGGGCUACGUGGUGGUCCUGCAGCCCGACGCCCCCCAGAUCCUGCUGAGUGGCACCACUCACUUCGCUCGCCCAGCUGCGGACUUCGAGGGACCCGAGGGGGUCCCUUUGUUCCCCGAUCUUCAAAUCACUUGCUCCAUUUCUCACCAGGUGGAGGCCAAAAAGGAUGAAAGUUGGCAGGGCACAGUGACAGACACGCGGAUGUCGGACGAGAUCGUGCACAACCUGGACGGCUGUGAAGUGUCCCUGGUGGGGGAUGACCUGGACCCCGAGCGCGAAAGCCUGCUCUUGGACGUGGCAUCCUUGCAGCAGCGAGGGCUGGAGCUCACCAACACGUCUGCCUACCUCACCAUCGCUGGGGUGGAGAGCAUCACUGUGUACGAGGAGAUCCUGCGGCAGGCCCGGUACCGGCUGCGACAUGGAGCUGCCCUCUACGCCAGGAAGUUCCGGCUUUCCUGCUCCGAGAUGAACGGCCGCUACUCCAGCAAUGAGUUCAUUGUGGAGGUCAACGUCCUGCACAGCAUGAACCGUGUUGCCCACCCCAGCCACGUGCUCAGCUCCCAGCAGUUCCUGCACCGUGGUCACCAGCCUCCCCCUGAGAUGGCUGGACACAGCCUGGCCAGCUCCCACCGGAACUCCAUGGUCCCAAGCGCUGCGACCCUCAUCAUCGUGGUGUGCGUCGGCUUCUUGGUGCUCAUGGUCGUCCUGGGCCUUGUCCGCAUCCACUCCCUUCACCGCCGCGUGUCAGGGACCGGCGGGUCCCCGGGCGCCUCCAGUGACCCCAAGGACCCCGACCUCUUCUGGGAUGACUCCGCCCUGACCAUCAUCGUGAACCCCAUGGAGUCCUACCAGAGUCGCCAGGCCGGUGUGGUAGGGGCUGCCGGCGGCGGCCAGCAGGAGGACGAGGACAGCAGUGACUCAGAGGCAGCCGACUCGCCCAGCAGCGACGAGAGACGCAUCAUUGAGAGCCCCCCGCACCGCUACUGAGGCCCACACCCGUCCCCAGACACAGAGAGAGCUACGCCUGGGGGAGGCAGACCCCCUGGACAAGGGAGCGGGGCGUUCUGAGACAGAGGGACCCGGAGGCUGCCAGCUGUGCAGGUGGAGCCUGCACAGAUCCCCGCGGGGCCCCCUACACCGCCUACCCCACCCCAGCCCACCUCCUGCCCUGGCCUCUGGGUCCCCUUUCCCCUGUGGCUGCCAGGGCAGGCUGCGCUGGAGAGAUGGCUGGAGACCUCUUCUGCACGGCGACCCUGUGCCGCGGCCGCUGUCCCCUUGGCUCACCUGUGUCUCUGGGCCCAUCCCAGUCCUGCCACGCACUGUCUUGGGGGCGGCACGGUCUUGGGGGUGACAGUAGCUGUGGCUGGGGCCAGGGUGGGAUGGCAGCAAUCCCUCUGGGUCCCCUUCUCUAAUCUCUCCUGUCCCCUGGAGCCUCCCUGGGCUCCCUCACUUCUCUGAGAGUCCCCCUCGCUCUCCUUCCAUUUCCGUCUGGGGAUCCCUGCUUCUCCUCUCCCCCACUUCCCUUCCCUUUUUGCCCUCUUUCCUGUCCUGCCUUCACAGUCCUGAGCCCCUACAGCCUCCUCGCUUCCUCUGUGACCCGGCUGUGGCCGGGUUGUGGGGGUGGCCGAGGAGAGGGGCCUCGUGUGUAUUAUAUAUAAUGUAUAUUUUUUCAAUGUUGUCGUGAGCGCAGCUCCUGUGUUCCUGCGUGCAGCUCACAGCCUUGUGUGUGCGUGUGUGUGUGUGGCAUUGUCAUGUCCUGGGGUGGAGGUAGGGGGAUGGGUGUGUGGGGGAGGGGACACACCCUGGGAUUUUCAAAUAAAACAACCAGAAAAAAGCUC